AGGAUGGCCCAGAACUCGGUGUCGCUGUCGGCCGGCGAUCAAGCCGACAGGGCGGCCCACCGGUCCUCCCAAGGCGAUCUCAGCCCGUCGGCCGUGGCGUGGGCGAUGGUCUCCGGAGACAGCUUCCUGGUUACUAGUGUUGAGCCGAAUCAGCCAGGAGGACCCCGGCCGCCAGCGCGACCCAGCGUUCGCACCGACAGGCGCCGAAUGCCCGUUGGUGGCCGCAGCCGGAGCCGCAGCCGCCAAGGCAGAUUCUCGCCUUACCCGACCCCUGGCGUCAAGCUGGACCUCUUGAGAAGGGAGCUGCAGCAGCGUCUGGUUGCGUUGGGAAAUGCCCUCGCAGCCCGGAUCUCGACGUAGAACGAAUGCCUCCCCUCACUCACUUAGCUUGCAAACAAGGCCUCUCUGAAACCGUG